AUGAUGCGUCGUGUCGUGCAUUUACAGCCACUUCAGAGUCUCGUGCGUCAUGGACAAUCAGCUCGAUCUCAAGUUCUUGUACGUCCUCAUCUCCGUGUGUCAUUUCCAUCGUGUCAAUCGUCGAUUUGUUUGUUUUCUACUGCAUUUCCCAAGGCUUCUGAAGAGAAUCCAUCUCUUCCUGUGCCAAUUAUAAUGGAAACUAGAGCCAAUGAGAAUGAAGAAGAGGAAGAAGAAGAAGAGGAAAAAGAUAUUGGACGUAAAUUGAAACCUCGAGAGGUUGUAGAACAGCUUAAUAAGUACAUUGUCGGUCAACCGGAUGCUAAACGAGCAGUAGCGAUUGCAUUACGUAAUCGUUGGCGUCGUCAGAAGAUAUCGGAUGAUUUACGUCAGGAAGUAAGUCCGAAGAAUAUUCUAAUGAUUGGACCUACUGGAUGUGGAAAGACGGAGAUUGCACGACGGUUAGCAAAACUCUCGGAGGCGCCAUUUGUUAAAGUAGAAGCUACUAAAUUUACAGAAGUGGGCUUCCAUGGUCGUGAUGUUGAUCAAAUUAUACGUGAUCUUGUGGAAAAUGCCAUUAAUAUGGUCAAAAAAGCCCGCAAGGAGCGAAUGCGCAAGGAAGUACAACAUCUUGUUGAAAGCCGUAUUUUGGAUGUACUUACGGGUACUAACGUUACUGAGCGCUCACGUACAACAUUUGAACGGCUGUUACGUGCUGGGGAACUGGAAGAUCGCGUCAUUGAGUUUGAUGUCCCUGCUGCGAAGAACCCGAGUGGUCAUGGACAGCCUAUUUCGUUUGUUGGUGGAGAAGGAAAGGGAAUCUCUAUGGAAGUAUUCGGCAGGGCUUUUGGCGAGAAAAAGACGGAACGAAAACGUCUGACGAUUGCUGAAUCACGUGGCGUGUUUGAAGAGGUAGAAAUGGAAAAUGCCAUUGACAUGACGGACGUCGUGCGGGAAGCUAUUCUAGAGACUGAGGAGAAUGGUAUUGUCUUUAUUGAUGAGAUUGAUAAGAUUUGUUCCAGCGGAGAGUUCCGUCGCUCCUCGGACCCGAGCGGCGAGGGUGUGCAGCGCGACCUGUUGCCUCUAAUUGAAGGCAGCGUCAUCUCCACGAAGCACGGUAAUGUCAACACGGAUCACAUUCUGUUCGUCGGAUCUGGCGCUUUCCAUUCGUCAAAGCCAUCGGAUCUGCUUGCUGAACUGCAGGGUCGUCUACCGAUUCGUGUCGAGCUAAAAGGACUGACGGAGGAAGAUCUGCAUCGUAUUCUGACGGAGCCCAUCACGAAUCUGAUCAAACAGCAGACUGAGCUCAUUAAGACGGAGGGUGUUAUUUUGAACUUCACCGAAGAUGCUAUCCGCGAGAUUGCUCAUGUCGCUGCGGAAAUCAAUCAGACCGUGGAGAACAUUGGUGCCCGACGGCUGCAUACGGUGGUAGAGAAGGUAGUGGAAGACAUUAGCUUUGACAGUUCCGAAAUGGCUCCUGGAUCUACUAUCACAAUCACGAAAGAAGUCGUGCUUGAGCGCGUGGGCAAGCUUAUGAAGAAAACGGACCUCUCGAAAUUCAUUUUGUAG